ACAAAUUUGAUCUGUAUUAUAUAAUGAUCUUUAAAAAUUAUGUAUCAUUCAGAAAGAAAUGUGCGAGGAUAAAAUCAAAUUAGAAGACUGAUGACGCAUAAUUUUUGUGUUUUAUAAAGUAAUAUGUUUACAAAGGAAAGUCCAAGAUGACUCAAAAAGUUAGUAAACUCUUUCUAUUUGGUCCUCUUCCGUAUCUCGCAAUAUUUCUCUCUUUACUUAAUAUUAUUUUUUUUUUUUUCAUAAAUCGCGCCCAAGUUCCGUUUCUGAUUCUUGGGAAUACACACUUUCACUCUCUUUAUUUUUGUACUUAAUAUCUUUCCCUUCUUGCGAACGACCCACACGCGGAUCUUUCAUCUCACUUUUCUUGAUAUAUAAAUCCUGGACCCAGAGCAAUGAUCUCUCAAAUGUUGAAUUACCCGUGAACCAACGAGUUUAGUUUUUGUUUCUUCAAUUUUUUAUAAUGUAAAUUUUACAAAAAACAUCAGGAAAAUAAUAUUUUAUUUAGUCGUUAAUUUCAUUAAAUAAUUCGAAAAAAAUAAAUUUAAUUCUUUAUUAAAAAUUAAUUAUUAAUUUAUUCAUGCCUAGAUAUUAUUGUUAAUAAAUAAAUAAAUUAGGAUUUGAAUUAAAAUUUUUGUUUGCACUAUUGCAAUGUUCUGAAAUAGUGGAAUUUUGUGUGUGAGUUCGUAAUUUCUUUUUUCAAAGAAAUACUGCAGAUAUUUCUUUACAUUUGAUCCAACGUCGAGAAAGCAGAAUGCGUCUAGUACAACUAUUGCUUCAAUUUACUUUUACUCUGUCGAUAAAUCUUGUGUUGGUACAUACUCAGUCUAGUAAAGUUACUUUCCAGGAUGAGACUUCAGAAGAAAGUUCUUCAUUACGUGAUGAGGUGCCAAGGUUUGAAAAUCAAAGUUCAGAAGGUCGACAAUUGUUGAAUAGAACAAGGCAAGGGAAGGAUCUUUUUGACUGGAUUGGUCUUGGUACGGGACGUCAUGUUGAUUCUUAUUUAGCGAGAACAAAUGAAGCUUGUCUGAAUGGUGACUUUGCAGAAUGCUUUAAGUCCCGGGCAUUAAAUACUUUUUCCGAUUUUUUCGAUCAACCAGAAUACACACUCAGCGAAAGCGUUAAAAUAAUCAGAAUGCCUCGUGAUGUUGUUAAGAGUGUUAAUCAACAACCUUACGAAUAUGCGAGUGCUUCUAGAUCAGAAGAUUCUGAAUGGGAUCAACUGGUAAAAUUUGCAAUGAGGAAAGCUGAGAAAUUCGUAAAAACUGUGGCUUUUAAAGUCGAUAUUCCAUCGUGGGCUGUGGGUGAGAAUGAAGUUUAUGCCCCAAGAUUUAUAGACGAGAUUGCCGAUGAAAUUGAUACCAUUGAAAAUAAGAAGGACACUCUCUUCUCUCGCAAUCGAUUGAAGAGAAUUUUAAUUCCAAUGCUCAUUGUUUUAAAGCUCUUUAAAUUGAAACUUCUACUAUUUUUACCAUUGAUAUUGGGACUUGCGUCAUUCAAGAAAUUCUUGGGCUUCAUGGCAAUUGUUAUACCGGGAAUAAUUGGUGUUUUGAGAUUGUGCCGACCACUUACACAAUCAUAUCAACCACCAGUCUACAGUCAUGGUGGCAUUGGCUUUCCACAUUAUAAAGAAAGUACACAACAAACUAAUAAUUACCAUCAGGAAAAUUAUCCCUCAAAUUAUCACGACAAUCAGGGAGAUCAUGUGUCAUUUGGUCAGGAUCUCGCUUAUCAAGGAUACCGUGACUAUCAGUCGUAGAAAAGAAAAAAAGAUAAUUUGAGAAAAGGAAAAAAAAUCUCAGGAAAUUUUUAUUUUUCUCGUUUCUUAAUUUUUAAAAAUUUUCUACUCUUUAUUUUGUUUUAAUGUUUU